AUGUCGUCCCUCCAGAACCCAUCUAUCGUCCUCUAUGGACCCGGAGACGCCAGGUUCGAAGACCGGCCAGCGCCUCGCAUCACAGACCCCAUGGAUGCUAUCAUACGGAUCAAAUAUGUCGGUGUCCAUUUCUGGAACCACGGCGGCAUCGCCAACAAAGUAGUCACGCCCGAGCAUCCACUGACUAUCGGCCAUGAAGCAUCCGGCACGAUUCACGCCGUCGGCUCGGGCGUUACACACCUUAGACCCGGCGACAACGUGGCCAUUGAACCAGGUCGACCGUGCCGGGCCUGUGUGCGCUGCAAGGAGGGCAACUACAAUUUGUGUCCAGAUAUGGCGUUCGCCGCGUGCACGGCGCCUAAAACCCACGGCUGCCUUAGCAAAUACUUCAAAAUCCCCGCGGAUUUCUGCUACAAAUUGCCUCCAGACGUGCAUUUGAUCGAGGGCGUCCUGGCUGAGCCAUUGGCGGUUGCUGCCCAUGCCGUUAGGGCUGUUAAGAUCUCGUACGGCUCUACAUUGGUUGUCUUUGGAUCCGGCACUAUUGGCUUGUUGUGUGGAGCGGUGGCUCGAUUGUUUGGGGCAAAGACGGUGGUGUUGGUUGAUGUGCAAGAGUCAAAGUUGGAGUUUGCUCGCGGCUUCAUCCAUGGCGUUGGCACAUAUCUUCCCAAGGAGACUGUCUCGGUUGAGGAGCAUGCUGCCACAAUCAUGGAAGAAUUUGGUCUUGGGUUGGGCGCUGACGCAGUCAUUGAGGCUACCGGCGCUGAGACUUGUAUCCAGACGGGUGUGCGUGUCCUGAGACCUGGGGGUUCAUAUGUUCAGACGGGUCUGGGCAAGCCGAUUGUGAACUUCCCAAUUGUUGCAAUGAGCGAGAAGGAGAUACAUAUGCACGGUGCUUUUCGUUAUGGACCGGGAGAUUACCGGGUGGCUAUGAAUGUAUUGGAGGCUCGAUCUAUCCCCGUGAGAGAUCUCGUCUCAAAGACGUUCGAGUUUGAACGUGCGACCGAGGCCUGGGAAGCGACGAAACGGGGUCGGGGGAUCAAGAAUAUGAUUCGAGGGUAUGGCUAUCGAGAGUAG